UGAAAUCACAAAAUGUACCUACGGUUUGUAAUGGAUAUGCGGAAUUUUGCAAUAUUCCCUAUUCUCAAAUUUCAUUUAUUGCAACACAUAAUUCUUAUGCUUAUGGUAAUAAUGUCGCAGCAAAUCAAAAUUUCGACAUUCCAACACAACUAAAAGAUGGGAUUCGAGUUUUCCUUCUCGAUGGACACAAAUCUCCAUCAAGUACAUCAUCAAGUACAUCAUCAGAGAUUGAACUUUGUCAUCAAUCUUGUUCUUUAUUAGAUUCAGGAACGGCAACAAAUACCUUAAAAAACAUUACAAAGUUUCUACAACAGAAUCCAAAUGAAGUAAUUACAAUAUUUUGGGAAAAUUUUGAUAAUAUUGCACCGAUUAAUUAUAAAACCUCGUACGAUCAAGCAGGAUUGACCCAGUAUUGUUUUACGCAACCUGUUGAUGAACAAUGGCCUACCAUGGCCGAAAUUAUUCAAUCAGGAAAACGGGUUAUUAACUUUAUUGAUAAUAAUGCUGACACCGAUUCCGUGCCCUGGCUAAUGCCAGAAUAUUCUUAUGUAUUUGAAACUCCGUUCGAAAAUUUUAAUCCAAAUGCAUGGCAAUGUACUGUUGACCGUCCGAAAGAUCAACCUCAACAAAUGUACAUGAUUAAUCAUUUUCUUUACAAUAAAAUAACAAAUACCAAUAUCGAAAUUCCCCAACGUGAUAGUGCAAACGUAACAAAUGCAGCCAACCUUGCCCAGCAUGUUCAAAAUUGUACUAAUAUUUUCGUUCAGCGUCCAAAUUAUGUUACUGUGGAUUUUUAUAACAAGGGUAGCAAUAACAUAAAUGCAUUUAGUAUUGUUGCCGGUUUAAAUAAUGUGAGUUAUAUAUCAUUAAAAACUGGCGGUACUGACGGAACAAAACAAAGUGGUGCUAGUAGUCUUGAACUUAAUGUGCAGCAAA